AUGUGUGGGGGGGGUUUUUUGGGGGUGGUUGGGGGUGGUUUUUGGGGGGUGGUGGGGGGGGUUGGGGGGGUGUGUGGGUGUUGGGGUGUGGGGGGGGGGGGGGGUAGGGGGGGGGGUGUGUGGGGGGGGUGGGUGUGGGGGGUGGUUGGGUGGUUGGUGGUGUGGGGGUGUUGGUGGUUUGUGGUGUGUGGGGGUGUUGGUUUUUGGAGUGGGUGUGUUGGGGGGGAUAUGGGUGGUGGGGUUGUGGGGGGAUGUGGUGGGGGUGGUGUGUGGUGGUGUGGUUUUGUUGUGGGAGUGGUGGGGGGUAGGGGGUGGGGGUGGGGGGGGGGGUGGAUGGGUGUGGGUGUGGGGUGGGGUGGGGUGGGGGGGGUGGGGGUGUUAGUGGGUGGGGGGUGGGGGGGGGUGGUGGGGGUGAGUGUGUGGGGGGGUGGGGUUGGUGGGGUGUGA